CUCCAGUCGCCUGCGAAACACACACACGCUGCGUGACAACACACACACGCUGCGUGACAACACACACACGCUGCGUGACAACACACACACGCUGCGUGACAACACACACACGGCCCAGAAUGGGGCUGCAGGACAGGUGUGUGUGGUAGGAGACUCCUCCUUAGACCCUGGAGAGGAUAUGCUGCAGGUUCUGGAAGCUCUGGAUCCUGGAGGGAUGAAAUUAACACAUGGGGUAGAGAUGGGGGUAUCUUUAAUCCAGAGAGGGGUAUCCCACGCCUCUGCAGCUCCAGCCAAGACCUCCCACAGCCUGACACCAGGACCAGAGGUCGGGGCUAGGGUUGGACUGGGACCAGGUGUGUGUGAGCAUCCAGGGCUGGUUCAGACAGCGGACUGUAAGGACCUGGCUCAGUGCCUGCUGUUCAGUGAAGACUCAGAGGACAGAGAGCAUGCUGGGACGCUUCCACACAGACCUACGGACGCCACACCCCCUCAGAAGAACUGCAGCUCCAGAGGUAGGAAGCGCAUGGCUAGGGGGAGGAGCUCUGAGACCACACCCACAGGAAGAGGAAAUGGUUCCUGCCAGAAUGCUGACUCCCCAUUGGACGUGUCUGAUGACUUCAUCCUGUUCAGACCCUCCCACCUGGCACGGGCGAGGGAGAGCGCGGCCCUACAGCGAUCUCUGAGGAACAACAUGUCAGCCUCUGUUCUCACGCCCCCUACUGGGCUGGAGGCCAGCACGCUCAACACUACAGGUGUUGGUCUAUCAGCGGUGUUUAUGCGUCCAGACGAGCAGUGUGACAAGUUGUUGUUGUCCAGCUGGGGGCUGCCUGCUGCGGUCCUUGAACGCUACCGUCAUCAUGGUGUCUCCUCCAUGUUCCCCUGGCAGGCUCAGUGUCUCAGUCUGGGACGCGUGCUGCAAGGACACAACCUGGUCUACUCAGCCCCAACCAGUGCAGGGAAGACCCUGGUGGCAGAGCUGUUAAUGCUGAAGAGAGUCCUGGAGACCAGGAGGAAAGCUCUGUUUAUUCUGCCCUUCGUAUCCCUGGCCAAGGAGAAGAUGACCUACCUACAGGUGUGGUGUGGUGUGGUGGUUGUGGAUGAGCUUCACAUGGUAGGAGACUCUGGUAGAGGAUAUCUGGAACUACUGCUCACCAAGAUGUAA